UUGUGCCAAAGAAGGGUAAACGACCACAGUGGAAGACUGUCGAAACUGAAUCCAAAAAUUCAGUUGACAGUAAAGUGACAGGAGCUUGGAGCUCCGAAAUCUCGACCUUAGGGUGCUUAAUUCGGUUGGAGGCCAAUCUAUCAAAUGUAGUGCUCGGAUUAAUCUACAAGAUUGCUUAAGGGAGUUCUACGAGUUGAGAUGGAAUAUCUUAAGAAAUGGAGGGAUGAACAGAUCGUUUUGAAAAGAAGAACUAAGAACAGUCAGAACAGAGGCAACAGGCAGAGUCGUGCCGUCGCCGGCUCUCGCGCACGAUCGGCCAGUACGACGGCCACGUCCGCGCUCGUUCAGGUUGUCGAGGUGGCACGCAUGCACGGUGAAAGACCACGACAUCGCUAUCCCCGCGCUUAUCCGUUUCAUCCCGCCGCUUUACAUUGCCAGGAAACUGGCUUGCGCAAAUCAGUGCCGCCGCCGGCCAAUUUACCCACGCCGCCGUCCCUCGUUGCAAUUCCACCCGCCCAAGGGUCCGCCAGCUUCUCCUCAACACCCCACGCCCCUCCGUUUCCCAGCUCCCUGCCGUCAAGCUUCGGUGUGCCGCCGUUUCCGUCCGCCGGCCGCCGUCACCCAAUCCACAAGACGUCACAACUCCUGGAGUGGGAAUUCAUGGAAUUCAGCUGGAGAUGGACAACAUUCGCGAAGUAUGGAGUGCCUCCUUUAAUAAAGAAGUUUUCCGAAGAAUUAACCUUUGUUGAUCCCAGGUGAUGUUGAUACCCCCGAGCUCGCUGCAAGUGGCACUUGGCCGACCCAACUUCCUCCUUG